AUGCAGGAAAAGCUUACUGGUAUACUUAGGAACAGGGCUUCCCAGAUAGUUAAGAACCCACCUGCCAAUGUAGGAGACAUAAGAGACUUGGGUUUGAUCCCUGGGUCAGGAAGAUCCCCUGGAGGAGGGCAUGGCAACCCACUCCAGUAUUCUUGCUUGGAGAAGCCCAUGGACAGAGGAGCCUGGUGGGCUACAGUCCAUGGGGUCACAGAGAGUCAGAUGAGGUGCCUCAGCAUGCCUACAUGCUUAGGAAUAUGCGACAGACAGGGUGGCUUGAAUAACAAAUUAUUUUCUCACACGUCUAGAGGCUAG